UCCUGCCCGCUCCUCUUUGCUUCCCUGGUGCUGGGAAGGUGCAUCCCCCCCGCUCUGUCCCCCUCUCCAGGGUGCCCUGCCCUGUCGCAGCCCCCCCGGAACUCCCCGUUGGUGUGGGGCGGUUGCCAGGUGCCAAUUCCAGCACCAGUUCCAGCGGCCGGAGGGGAGCGCAGCCAUGGAGCGGGGGGAGGACAGACCCUGGGUGCCGCGGGGCACCCUUGAGGCGUGGGUCCCGCUGCCCCUGUACAGUGACCAGUACCUGACGCUAUGGGGGCCGCGCCGGGGCCCCGUGCUGCAGCAGGCCCUGCGCUGGAAAACCUCCCCCAUGGGCUGGGACGCCGCAGGGCAGACCUGGCCCACGGGGCUGAGCGGCGGCGACAACGAGCGGGUGGUGGAUCCCUGGUACAGCCUGGACUCCAGCAUCGCCCAGCGCCGCUGGCCACGGGCCCAGCGCCUGGGGCAGGAGCAGGACCCCCUGCCCCCAGCUUACGCCCAGCGCCUGCGGGAGGUGGCCUGGUGGGACCCCAUUGUCCCCGCCGAGUACCCGGGACACUGCACCCGCUGGGGAGCUUUUCUCUGGCAGGAGAGGCCCGUCCUGGGGAAGGAGUACGUUGUCACCCGCAGCCAGGACCCUCGGGUGCUGGGGGGCAGCUCGGGCUACGUCCCCACACUCUCCUUCUGCCGCCCCCCCACCACCACCCAGGACAUCAGCACCUGGAGCCUCCUCCACCACCAGCCGUCCACCCACCAGUAAAUGCUGCUGGUCCUGCUGCCGGCCUGGCCUGUUCCUGGGGAGCGGGGGGGGCAGAGGAGGGAGGGGUUGGUGCCCGUCCUGGGGCGUUUGGCCUGG